GCAGGCAGCCAGCAGAUACGUCUUCAGACUCGACUCAGACAGAGCAGCGGGUCAACGUACGUUUGCCGUCUUCAACUUACCUGUAGCAUUAGUUUUAAAGUCACAAAUUUUACAAAAGACGUCUAAUGUGCCACGCUUUGGAAAAGGUAAAACUGUGCCACAUUUCGGACAGAUUUCCUUGGCAACAGAAAAAGUUGUUCCAGUAUCCAUCCUUCAUCCAAUUGAUACCGUACCGCGUGAAUCACGUUCAAGAAGCCCGGUCAAGAAGUCGGACAGACAGAAAAGCUAGCCAAAAGCCCCGGAGUCACCUAUUUCAAUCAUCCGAAUUAACUACUAAAUUAAGACUCUUACAUCGAAUUGCGAAGACUUUUUUAACUGAAGAGCCAAGGGCAAGGCGCAGCUAACAACGGUAUUUUGACCAGUGACAAGAAUCGAUCUGCUUUAACACAAUGGUUAGCCUUGACAAGAAAGAAAGGAAGGUUGUGCUCAUAACUGGGGCUAAUGCAGGGAUUGGCUACAGCUUAGCAGACCGUCUAUUAGCUUUGGACAUCACCAUCCUGAUUGUCUUAGCAUGCAGGAAUCUAUCUAAAGCUGAGACAGCCAAGCAGAAUCUUCUUACUUCUCACCCAGAUGCAACAAUAGAUAUUGUACAGCUCGAUACAAGCAAACUGAGUUCAGUCUACAAGGCUUGUGCUGAGAUCAACAAAAGAUACAAUCGACUUGAUUACCUGUAUCUUAAUGCUGGUACCAUGCCCAAUGUAACAUUCAACUAUUCAAACUUCUUUAAGAGUUUUUUAAAUCCCUUGAAGUUCAUCAGAAUUUUAUCGACUGGUGAAGGAUUGCUCAAUGUCCAAGAUGGGACCACAGAAGAUGGACUAAGAAAUGUAUUUUGUACUAAUGUUUUUGGACACUAUGUACUGAUUCAAUGUCUAAUGGACCUUCUAUGUGCUAAUGGUGGCUGCCAGAUUAUAUGGACUUCUUCCAGCAAUGCAUCAGCUGAGCUAUUCAGUAUAGAUGAUAUACAACAUGAAAACGGACCAGAGCCCUACAGCUCCUCCAAGUAUGCGAUAGAUCUUCUAAGCCAGGCAUUGAAUGACAAGUUGAAUUCUCAGGGUGUUUACAGCAGGGUUAUGUGUCCUGGAUUCACAUCUACUAACAUGACAUCACCUAUAUUACCAGGAUGGAUGUGGUCUCUUACUACUCCACUGUUAUAUCUGUUUCGAGUUGUAGCACCAAGGCUUUGUAUAACUCCUUAUAAUGGAGCUGAAGCAUUGGUUUGGUUAUUCAGUGCUUCUCCGGAGAAUACCAAGUCUGAUGUGAAGUAUGUCAGCCAUUGCUCCGUGCUUGGAACUAGAUAUGUGCACACUGACAAGCUCGACAUGAAUCCAGACUUUCCAGAGUUAUUAUACAAGAAGCUGAAUGCUUUGGAGCAAAGCUUUAGAAAUAAGUUUUCAAAUGGUGCUCAAAACAAAGUCUCCACAUCAUGACCUAGUAAAUGAUCUAGAUGAUAACUAUUAUUUAAUUUAAAAUCAUUGACAAGCUUUGAAAAUAAUUAUAUAAAUUGUGUAUGAAGUAACAAGAAUCAUUCCAAGACUAUUUUCAGGGAGAAAUUAAGGUAAAAUUGAAGCUUUUCCUUCCAAGUUUUCUUGCAGUUUUGGAUUGCUACAUCACUGGCCAAAACUUUUAUAAUGGUAAUCCGUAUUGACAGAUUUAUUAAUGAUUUAAGGACAGGGUACAGUAUUUUAUAAGUAAAAUUUAACCGUUUGCUCACAGCACAAAGAAAAAUCUGAAGAAUUACCUCAAAAUUUUCAGCUGCUAACUGCUGCCUUCUUCAGCGAUGACCGAAGUGACCCUAUUUGACCUAGUGACGUAGCGAUCGAUAAUCGGGUCUGAAGCUUGUAUUGCCCUCCGUCCCUAUUGAGAGGUUUGAACGCCUGGAUGUAAAUCGCUUCUUUCACACCUCUCUCAACGUAAUGCAGCUCCCUGUCCAGCAUUUGUACCUUGCUGAUGUCCACAUGAAUUGAUGUGAAUGUGCUGCAAUACUUCAGAAGAAAUGGAGUUAGUGCGUCGGUGUUCAAGGAAUCUGGUCCUAAGGGAACGUUCUGUUUCUCCAAUGUAAAAUUCCUGACAUUAACCCUUAGUUGUCUGUCCUUGACAAGGAAUCAAAUAAAUAGGACAAGUGAUAUCCUUAGUAUUUUAUGUUCUUAAAGGUUCACAGUAGGGUCCUGUUUCAUUAACCCUUGUUAAACCAAUAAUAACAAAUGCUCAAUUUCUAUAACAAGUUUACUAUCGGCUAAACAAAUCAAGAGAUUCCAGUAGCUUUUAACUUUUACUGCAAAUUUUUAAUAAAACAAGUUUGAUUAAACGGGUCUCGGGGCACUGCUAUAAAAGUGCGCUUCUCAGCAUUCAGCAGAUAGUGAUGUUCCACUCAAUUAACUGCAUUUUUAUUCCCAGUAAGCAGUUUGCGAUGGAACAAAGUAGUUUGGUGCUUGUCAUGCUAUGUUAAAAUAACACUGGGUUUGUACCCUCAAUAAAAUUGACUUUUGAUUUAAUUCCAUUCAUGUUUUCAUUACAAGAAGUAGGAGAGUUAAGUUUGUAAGAUCAAUAUUUGGUUUUGUAUACCAGUAUCAUUAUUCAGGUCUACUUCAUUAGGAAUUUAUAAAUGUAACUUACCGUUCAUGAACCAAUAAAUUGAUAUACGAGUUAUCAAUGCUGCAUUAUGCUUAUGAUAUAAAAGGAGUAAAAUAUAAAGGCAAACUGCAGUAAAUCUGUGCUAAUAGGUUUUCAAGAUAAUGUGCUUUGCAUUUAAUGCUAAUGGGACAGAUUUAUUUUUAAAUUGCAUAAUUUUCCUUGCAUUUGAUUUUCAUGAAUUUAAUUCACCAUUAUCAUCUUUAUAAUCAUUAAAAAAAAAUACUAUGUGACAAUGUUGAUGUUUGAAUAUCUUGUGCUGUUAAAUGUGCAGUAUUGCUAUUGAUCAUGAAAUAAAUUUUUAUACUGAUUCAAAAAGCAUCUUUAUCAUUCUAUUGCAAGUAAUUACUAAGUAAGUUCUAGUAAUUCCCUUCUGGUGUCAAAACGUGUGGGCACAGGCUAAACAAAGCUGGCAUUUGAACUACAUGUAACUCUGCCCAAGUCAAAUCUGUUUGACAGAUGCGAAAUUCAGUCAGACCGCAGGUCCCUAUGCUAAUGAGCAAAAAGGCCAGAUUUAUCCAAAUCAUCUCGUGGCUGAAUCCUCCUUGCAAAAUCUCGUGAUUCGUGAGAUUUUCUUUCUCUAAGAAUUUACCUGUUAUAACCUCAAGUUAAAUAAAAUAUUAUUGCACCAUCA